CAGAGAUUAUUAUACGCCAAACAUUUCUGUUAUUUGACGUCGUCCAGACGGGCACGGAAAUUCGACAUGCCUCAUUUUAGAUUGAGUAAAGUACGUAACAUCAAAACAUGGCUGUCUUUACGUAGCUACCUCAAGAGACGUGGACCUCAGAGAUCAGUUGAUGUCAUCGUUUCUGCUACGUUUUUAACCGCUGUUAGUUUAGUCAGUUUAAUGUGUCUUCAGAUGUUAAAGGAUACAGAUGUAUAUUUAGAUUUCCUGUGUAACUGGGAAUUAAUAGUGUGGUGUUUAUGUCUCGGUGUUUAUCUUCUCCGCUUUAUGACUCUCGGUCUCAAAAUCAACAAAAAAUACAGAAAUUUAUCAGUCCUAAUCACAGAACAGAUAAAUCUGUAUUUACAAAUGGAACAGAAACCUCAUAAGAAAGAAGAGUUGAUAUUGGCCAAUAAUGUACUGAAACUGGCAGAAGACUUGCUCAAGGAGUUGGAAAGUCCAUUUAAGAUUUCCGGGUUCUCAGCCAACCCCUUUAUUUAUAACGUUACCAAAGUGGUUGUUCUAUCAGCCUUCUCUACUGUACUUACAGAAUUACUCGGUUUUAAACUGAAAUUAUAUAAAAUCAAAUUCAAGGCAUAG